AUGAGGCCGUGUGGGAGGCCAAAGAUUCGCUGGUUAGACGGUGUGAAGCUGGAUAUGAUAGAUGCGCGUUUGUGUACGGCUGAUGCAAUGGAUAGAACCAAAUGGAAGACAAGAAGCAGAAAGGCGGACCCUGCAACAACGCGACAAACGCUAGGAAGAAGAAGAAGAAGAAGAGUUCCUCACCUCGCUUUCGUCUUGCCCGAUCUACCCGAUUGA